UGCUGGAGAUUAUGAGGACUACCGACAUGAUGUCUCCUCCCCACUUACACACUCGCACUCACCCAAGUCCAUAGUCAAAUAUUCCUUGAAGCUCCCCCUCCUCUCUACCCCCCGGUAUUGCAUAACGAGACUACUUGGCUUCGGUUAGACAACUUUUGCAUGCAGCUCCACGGGCUCAGAAGAACAAAGUCUGGUCUGCACAGAAAAGCAGAAUAAAGAGAGAGAGAGGGAGGGAGAGAGGGAGAGAGAGAGAGAGAGAGAGAGAGAAAGAAAGCGUGCGGUGAAGCCAUGGUCCCCCCAGGCACACGGAGCCCCUGUGGUCUCCUGCUGUAUCUCCGUGGGUCUCUCCUCCUCUACCUGCUGCUGCUCCUGUUCCUGGCCUCUCUACUACCCCCUGGAGCCCAGGCCGGUAAAGUGCUGGUCUUCCCCGUGGACGGCAGCCAUUGGGUCAACAUGAAGAUCCUCAUCCAAGGCCUACAUGACAGAGGACACCAGGUGACGGUGGUGCGCACGGCCAGCACUUGGUACGUGAAGGAGGAGUCGCCGCUGUACGACUCCAUCACGGUCGUGCUGCCCGAGCCCAUCGACAUCGAGACGCCUGACUUCUUCGUGAACUUCCUCAGCAAGAUGAUGGCGAUCCAGAGGGCCGGCGCCUCGCCCCUGGCCUUCGCCGCCUUCUGGGGAGAGAUCCUGACUGGCCUGGCGGGCAUGCACCACAAAGCUAGCCAGUUGGCGGUGGAGAUGUUCGAGAACCGGGAGCUGAUGCAGAGGCUUCGCGAGGCGCAGUACGACCUGGCUCUGAUCGACCCGGGCCUGCCCGCCGGGGUCCUGGUGGCUCACGCACUCGGCCUGCCCACCGUCUUCAACGUGCGCUGGAUCACCAGCGGAGAGGCCCACUUCGUGCUGGCGCCCUGCCCCAUCUCCUAUGUGCCCCAGGCCAGCUCCAUGCUGUCGGACACCAUGAGCUUCGCAGAGCGGGUGAAGAAUGCCAUGACCUACGCCAUCAACGCCUACAUCGACAGGUACGUGGUGAGCCCGCCGUAUGAGCUUGUCGCCGCCAAGUACUUUGGGCCAGAGGUGAACUUCUACCAUCUCCUGCAGGCCACGGACCUGUGGCUGCUGCGUGCAGACUUCGUCUUCGACUUCCCGCGCCCCACCAUGCCCAACAUCGUGUACGUGGGGGGGUUCCAGUGCGGGCCGGCCCAGCCCUUGCCCCCCGACCUGGAGGCCUUUGUGGAGGGGUCUGGGGAGCACGGGGUCAUCCUCAUGUCCCUCGGCACGCUCGUCAAGGGCCUGCCCAUCGACAUCACUUCGGAGAUCGCGGCCGGUUUCGCCCGGCUGCCGCAGCGGGUGAUCUGGCGGUACUCGGACUUGAGCGAGCCGCCCCGUAACCUGGGCAACAACACGCUGCUGGUCAAGUGGAUGCCCCAGAACGACCUGCUGGGCCACCCCAAGACGCGGGCCUUCGUGGCGCACGGCGGCACCAACGGCAUCUACGAGGCCAUCUACCACGGCGUGCCCAUCGUCGGGGUGCCACUGCUCUUCGACCAGCCCGAGAACAUGCUACGCAUGCAGGUCUGUAACUUAACCCAUUUCAGCCUAAGCCCUUUCUGGGAAAAAGUGUCCUCUCCGUAUUAA